GAUGCUGACGUAACCACGCAAAAGCAAGACCUACUUUCACUUUCUUAAGUUGGAGGAACAGAAAGUUCGUCGAAACUUUUGAGGAAAGGGAAAGUUGACCCACAAGCUACUUUUUUGCUCCAAAUACGCUGUUACAGACCAGCCCACGGAUUACUUGAGCAUGUCUGGAGAACCAGCAGAGCUUAGUGAACUUGGAGGCGAUCCUAGCACAGAUGAGGUGAAAUUAAAACCUGACGCAGAGAGGAUGGAGGACCACGUCGACGCCAAGCCUGACCGCAGUGCGAGAUUUCGUCUGUUCGGCAAAAAAAAUAAGGAUGGCCAGACGCGGGAGCAGGACUACUCUUCUGAAAGCCAUUCCAGAAUUGUUUUCCCAACAUUCCAGUAUAAGAUGAGCUACCGCAGAGUGGGGAAGUGCAUCAUCAUCAACAACAAAAACUUUGAUGAAAACACAGGGAUGAAUGUUCGCAAUGGGACGGACCGGGACGCAGGUGAGCUGUUUAAGUGCUUCAGGAGCCUGGGCUUUGAAGUCGUUGUUUAUAACGACCAGACAUGUGAGAAGAUGGAGCAUCUUCUCAAACAAGCCUCAGAGGAAGACCACAGCGACAGCUCGUGUUUCGCUUGUAUUUUGCUGAGUCAUGGUGAGGAAGGCAUGAUCUACGGCACAGACGCAGCUAUGCCCAUCAAGACCAUCACUUCGCUGUUCAGGGGGGACAGGUGCGAAAGCUUAGUCGGAAAGCCAAAACUCUUCUUCAUCCAGGCUUGUCGAGGUUCUGAAUUUGAUGAAGGUGUCCAGACAGAUUCAGGUCCACCAAACGACACCAUGGAGACCGAUGCUAAUCCAAGACAUAAAAUCCCUGUUGAGGCAGAUUUUCUGUUUGCAUACUCCACUGUGCCAGGAUAUUACUCAUGGCGGAACCCGGGCCGUGGAUCCUGGUUUGUCCAGGCACUCUGUAACGUCCUGAGCGAGUUCGGCAAGCAGCUGGAGAUAAUGCAGAUCCUAACGCGGGUCAACUACAUGGUGGCCACCAGUUUCGAGUCCUGGUCGGAGGACCCACGUUUCAGUGAGAAGAAACAGAUUCCCUGUGUGGUCUCCAUGCUGACCAAAGAACUGUACUUCAACUGAUAUCCUGCCUGUACUGUAAGACAGAGACUCACAGACUGACCAGACUGACUCGACCGGCUGUUUCAGGCAAUGAGGAAGCAGUCGAAGCAUUCAGGGAUGAUUCAGGCCCGACAGGACCCAACGCAUUUAGAGCAUGCCACUUUGUCUACGUGUGAAGUUGGGCCUGACAACAAGCACUCUGUGAAAUCAAAAAUAACACUCUGAGUUCAUGUGUUUACAGUAAAACCUCCUCUUCAGGCUCCCCUCUUGAAAUACUAGUCACAUUUAAGCCGAUUGUUGUCGACAGACAUUGUGAAUUAUAUAUGUAUGAUCUACCGACCCAUAAAAUUAGCUGCCAGUUUUUAUGGGACGGUGGAAUCAUAUCUGAAUAUGUGUUUCUCCAUUUUACAAAACUUAUUUGUCUAGACAAAUCAAAAUUUUUUUUAGCUAAUUAGCCCACCUAAAGAAUUACAAAAACAACUACUACUCUUGUGGAUCUGUUUGUAGCUAACAUUAGCAUUAGCAUGCAGUCACAAAAAGACUUUCAAACUGUUAAAAACAGACAUUUAAAUACACUUCACUAAAACAUGCAAAGCAUUAGUGUUUCAUGCUUAUAGUUUAAACCUUUUAUGACUAAUUAAAGCAUUAAUUAAUCAUAAGCAUUAAUUGGCAUUAAUGAUUGACAGCGCUAAGACUUUCCUUCCAGCUCUAAUCGGUUGCUUUGACUGCAGUUGUAUGAUUGCCCUGUAACAACAUGGUGACAGUUUUAAUAAAUAUGGAAAAAACAUAUUUUUCUAAGCUACAUACUGCAGCUUUAAGGGAAACUCACAUAACCAGCAAAGUAAUGUUUACAGCCUGAAUAAUUUCUGCACAUAAUUUUAUUUAGUUGAAAAAUUGCAGUUUGUUUUUGCUAAAGUGAAUGUCAAGUUUGAACAGAUCCCAAGAGAUUGUCCAGAAACACCACCCAGCAAAAAUAAUCAUAAACUUUGACAAAAGUUGCCACAAAUAAUUUGGAACGAGCCUCUAGAUCUGGAAAAUGGAGCAGAUCAUUUUCGUUUGUGAAUGUUUUUAAAGUUUCAGCUGUCAGAUUUCGUAGCAGUCAAUUAAAAAUAGCUGAAACUCCUCCGACUGCAGCAUUGUCACAACGCUCAACAUCUCAGCCUUUCCUGUAACUACAAGUUGGUAGCAACAUGCUAGCAUCCUCAGGUUCCUCACUGUCCCAUCAGAUGUCAUGUUUAAUCUCUUACCUACAUGUGGUGGUUUAGGAGGUGUGAUAUUUUGCUGUGUAGUGAUUUUGUUCUAACUUUGAAUCAAGCAUGAAACACAAACAGGUUAGCUGCCAUCUUGUUCAAACCCAAAUAAGUGAGAUUUGUAUAAUUAAUUAGCAUUAACCUGUUCAUUUAUUUAUUCAAAAGGGUCCAAGAAAUCAUUUUGAUGAUUUUUCUAUUCUUUUUUUAUUAUUAUUAUUUUACAGCAUUAUAUUUUAUUUAAUUUAUCACCAAAAAGGCAAUUCAGAAUGACUAAGCGUUAGAACCGGCUGGGACCUGGAGCACACUUCACAUCAUUUUACUGUAUAUUACUGUUGUACACCGUCUUCACUUACACUGUUUUGUAGUUUACAGAUAUUUUUAGUGAAAACAAAAAAACUACAAAAAAAAAAUAUUAAGCAUUUGUACACUUUGAGAGUGUUUAAAAUAAGCAUCAAGAAUUGAUUAUUGGUAAAACAAAUAUUUCAAUACAUGAACAUAACAUUUGUUGGUUGUUAAAGUCACAGAGGCAGCUAUUACUGGCUAAUAACUAACCUAUAUUUACAGAAUCCACUUUUCCACAAUAUUCACUCUUGUUUUUUGCUCUAUUAUUACUCUUUGUUGCUGCAUGUAUUGAUAAAAAUGAUGGUGGAAGGAAAUCAUAUGUGCUUUUAUUAUUCUGCUUUUCGCUUUUCCUCUGUAACUUGUAUUUAUUUUGAUAUCAUUAGCAUAAAUGCUACAUGUGUGCAAUCAGUGCAGUUCUUGGACCUCUGAUCAGUGAUUUGGUGUCAGGACUGAGCUGGAGCGAAUGCUUGUUCCCCUUGUUUUGAAAUUAAAACAAAAAACCCCCAAAAAACUUUAAUAAGAUAUUUCUUUAAAUGGUUUCCAGUUUUUAAAUGCUGUGUUCCUCAGGAAUAUAUUUGAAAAGAUUUGAAUUUAAACGCAUCAUUUGGUCCACUUUCUUGGACAAUUCAUUGUUUAAAUAACUUGAAAACAGAGGAAUGCUUCUGUAAUUAAACAUGAAUUUAUUGUGUAAUGAAC